GGGCGGGAUCACCAACAGUCACCGUAGCUUUCAAUCCUCCAGCACCAUGAGGUGUGAUGUCAACCCGAGCGCUGGGGUCAGAAGAGAAAUUUCCUGCCUUGACCAAGUUCCUCAGGUUAAAAUCACGCGUGUCGGUGUUGGACAUGUUAAUGCGGAUUGCAAAUGUAAAGUGAAGGUAGCACAAUCCCUUCAAGAUAGUGCAAAUAUGGUCACUGCGGACAGGAGUAACUUCGCCCCCAAUUCUUGUUUAGUUCUAAGGUUUACUCCCAAGAAACACGGCGAGGUCCAACGGGCAAUUCCAUACUGUGAUGGUCAUGGAAUUACCUGUAGCUCCAGCGGUCGGAGUACUGUGCCGGUCUACAAAUGGCAUGUCAAAAUGGGACCCGAGAAGAGCUGAAGCGCUGAAGACUCAUAACGCAUGGAUAGUUGGAGCCAGAAUCCCUACGUCAAGUCAACAUCAAACUGGCUCCAUAGGGGCCUACCAGGUUACUCACAAGUAUGUCAGCCUGAGCGAUUAUCUUGAUUGAAAGUUUUGUGUUCUGUGGAGACGGGCCUGUGUAUUCUGCUUAGGUAUCCAAUUCACAAGAAUGAAGCGAACAGCACACAACGUUGAACUCGGAGACCUUGAUCAUCGCUUCCCAAAGGAAUUCGAACUCGUAAACACGCAUCAAAUCUGGCAUACCGUCAACUUGUUGGCUCAAUCAAUGGUCAUCUGCUGCAACGUUUGAUAAUAAGGUUCGCAAGGAUCGUGACUUCUACUAAGAAGAGGAUCACGGUCACAUUCUGCUACGUGGCGCCAGGGAAGCCAGGACAGUCUUCUGUGAAAUCCUUUAG